GGCGAGCCGGAGCGCGUCGCGGAGCGGACGAGGGCCUCGCCAGGCUGCCAGCGCCCUGCCGUCGGCGGCGACCCGCCGGGAACCGAGGCGAGCCGAGCCGGGCCGGGCGCAGCCUCAGCCUGGAUCCGGCCAGCCCCGCAACAUGCGCGGCGGCCCGCUUUAGCUACCCCAUGGAGCCGGGCAACUUCUACGAGGCGGACUCGCGCCCCCCGAUGAGCAGCGCCCUCCACCCGCCGCCGCCGCAGCACCCGCACCCGCCCGCGCUCUCGCCCUCCGCGGCGCACCCGCCCCUGCCCGCCGGCCACCCGCAGCAGGCGGGCGCCUACGGCUACCUGGCGGCGUCGGAACAGCCCGACAUCUGCGAGCACGAGAACUCCAUAGACCUGAGCGCCUACAUCGACCCGGGCGCCUUCAACGACGAGUUCCUGGCCGACCUCUUCCAGCACAGCAAGCAGCAGGAGCGCGCCGCCAAGGCCGGCCUAGACUGCGGCGCCGUCGGGGUGGCCAUGCCGGGCGCCGGGUUCCCGCAGGGCGGCGGCGGCGGGCUGUACGGCUACGCCGACAAGCUGGACGGCAGCGCGGCGUACGAGCGCCUGGGCGCGGGGCCCUCACCGCUGCCGGGCUUGCGGCCGCUGCUGAUCAAGCAGGAGCCCCCGGAGGACGACGAGGCGGCGGCGCUGGCCGCCCUCUACCCGCCGCCGCCGGCCCCCGGCGUUAACUGCAGUCACCUCCAGUACCAGGUGGCGCACUGCGCACAGACGACGGUGCACUUGCAGCCCGGCGGGCAGCCCACGCCGCCGCCCACGCCGGCCCCCAGCCCGCACCACGCGCUCCCGCACCACGCGCUCCCGCACCACCGCCUGCACGCCGCCCCCUCGGCGCCCCCGUCGGCGGCGGGCGGCAAGGCCAAGAAGGCGCUGGACAAGAGCAGCAGCGAGUACCGCGUGCGCCGCGAGCGCAACAACAUUGCCGUGCGCAAGAGCCGCGACAAGGCCAAGCAGCGCAACGCCGAGACGCAGCAGAAGGUGCUGGAGCUGAGCAGCGACAACGAGCGGCUCCGCAAGCGCGUCGAGCAGCUCAGCCGCGAGCUCGAGACCCUGCGCGGCAUCUUCCGCCAGCUGCCCGAGAGCUCGCUCGUCAAGGCCAUGGGCAGCUGCGCCUGAGCGCCCCGACGGCCGGCUCGCUCCCUUCUGCCGGCCGGGGGCGCGCGAGGGGCCAGUCGCGGCUCCCGAGGGUGCGUGUGCCGCUGUGAGGCCGCCAAACUGCUUCUGGGGCUUCAGCUCCAAACCCAGCGCGGCCUCUCCGUGCCCUCGGCGGAGGGCCCCGGUUUCAGGGACCUUCCAUCUGCUGCCGCGGCCAUCCGAAGCUGUUUACUGGACGGGCACGUGGGGCUGCCGGUGGCUGCGGUCGCCCGCUUCGCCCCUUCCCGCAGCUCUCAGGGACUCUCGCAGGCUGCCGGGUGCACCCUCGGAGGACGCGCCGGUCGCCCGCCCCGCAGAACUGGAAGGGGCCGGAGACCACACGGACCCGGUGCAUGGAGUGGACGGGGAUGUUCUGGGGCUGGGAGGCACUGGGGCCGGGGGGAAGUGCAAUGGCCCCGGAAAGGCCCCUCGCCACGGCUGCUGUUGGAAGAGCUGCCCCCUCCGCAUGGCAGCGGCCAGAGGAGAGCGAAAGAGGGGCGUCCCUGGGCUGCCGCCUUGUUCACCCACUUGGACAGAAAUUCCGGACUCAAAGGGAGAUUGAGCUUCUGCAGGGAGCCAGGCCUGAAGUUCUGAGUGCUCUGAAGAGCGAGCAGCCCUAACCGAACCAGGUGAGGGCAAAGCCCCGACUGGAAGCACCAGUAUCGGCUUGUGCCCCACUGGCAGCUUGGCUGUCAUGGCCUUGUUCCCCUCCUGCCGCUCGGUGCCUUCUGUACUGUGAAAGCCGAGGGCUCCCCUCAGGCUCCACUCAGUGUCUUUUUAUUAUUAAUAUUAUUAUUAUUUUCUAUUUUAUUGCUCGGACCCUUGCCGUCUCACCAGCAGUGUCACCGGGACCCUGUCCUACUGUGCCUUUUCUUGGCUGGUCACUUUGACUCGGAGGGUCACCCGGAAUUGUCACAGUGAAACCCCUUAAUGUGCGCUUGUGUAGGAUGACCACCUGAGGGGCAGGCACAGAGCCGUCUCGCAUGUCCCUGCCCUUGUGAGCACGCAGGCAUGCGUGUCUGAGAGCCUGGUGCCUAGGCAUUUUGGCCUUGCCAAGUUUCCAUUCUUGGAAGAAAGCAGGCGGUUGUGCUGUGUUGCUCUUUGACCCCCACCCCAGCCGGCCAUGCCAGUAAGCACUUUCAGCAAGCCGGUGCUUCUCUGGUUAAAAAGCAGCACUGAGUUUUUACCAAAGUGCCAAUGUUGAAUACUUAUAAGUACCAGGUAGAAAAAAAAUGUUUUUCUUCUUAAAUAUGGAUGGCUGGAAAGUGUGUUUUUAUAUAUAAAAUGUUGUAUAUUUUAUGUUGCAUUUUUUGAAGCAAGCAAGAGAUACCACGGAAUGAAAGGUCCUGGUUUAAACUCCUAAAUAAAAUGCAAAUAUUCUGCCAUAA